AUGUCGAAGAAGUCCUCAAAGCUGGACCUCCUUGUGAGGGUCCGCUUCGAGAACCCACUCCCGGACCCGCCCUUCCCGCCAAAGCUCCUCAAGGUCAAGACGGACAUCUCGCGCCUCGGCGACCCGGCCUACCUCGACCAGCUGGCGGGCGCAGCGCCGGCGCCGAUGCUGCUCGACGCCGAGAUGGGCAUGCCGAUCGACUUGAACACCUUUGAUGGCGUGUGGGACGGCAACGAUGCAAGCCUGAACCCCACCCUCGAGACCGUCAAGCUCGACCCGGGAGACGCGGCGCUCCUGGCGCCGCUGCGCAUCUUCGCCAAGACGGCCAACGGUGCGCCGGCACCAAGCUCAAUCAAGCCCGAGGUCUCGUGGAUGCGUAACUCAUCCUACAUUCAGCGCCGGGAGACGACCCGCCGCCGCGCUGCCGCCGAGGCUGUCCAAGAGGAGGAGGUGGACGCGAGCGAGGCGGCGCAGAUCAUGGCCAUCGAAAAGUCAUUCCAGGAUCUGCGCGACCAGGAGCUUGCCGAGAUCCGCCACCCGCACCCCAAGCGCAAGCAUCUGCGCGUUGUCGAGUCCUACGACGUGCUGCCCGACGACGACACGUGGAGCAGCUCGUAUAUAUUGCUCAGGUUUCCCGAGCGCCCGUCGGCAGCGACGGCGCAGAACCCGUCCGCCAAAGCGUCGCGCGGGUGCCUCGAUCGCGCGCUGCUCCGCCCCGUUGUCGAGGAGGACCAGGCGUUGAUCGAUUUCUUCUUACCCAAGGAGUCGGACCUGUCGCGCCUGACGUCGUUGGAGGAGCACCCUAUCGACAGCGAGACGGCUGCCGAGGCCGUCGAGCUCUCGGCCGAGGGCAACGACGAGAAGGUCGACGAGAUGUUCCCCAACGUCACAUAUGAGAGGAUACGCACAUACGAGGUCGUGUCGCAGAUGGUUCCUGACCGCGAGUUCCUGCUCACAAUCUCGGAAGAGGCCGCCGAGGACGAGACCGAAGAGGAGGACAUGUUCGGCGACGACGAGCCAAAGCCCAAGAAGCGCAAGGGCGCGUUCUACAAGCCCAUCUCGAUGCGCUCGCAGUUGCGAAAGACGCUCCAGAAGACAAGGACAGACACGCCGUGGGACAAGGUCCGGCUUGGAUUCCGUGAGCCGGCUGCAACAGAGAUUGAGGAGCGUGAGAAGAUGGCUAGGUCCGUCAACGACUCUACAUGGGUCGAGGACCAAACCGAUGAGGGGCACGACUCGUUUGCUGCCACGCUCCGGGAGGCCAAUGCCGAGAUUGACUAG